AUGUCAAGCAGUGGCAGGAGUAAAAGAUUAAGCUUUGUCCAACAAGAUGGAAGUAGUGAACGGCCGCCUCAUGGUGAUCGUCGUUACUCGAACUAUGGUUCGGAGAAACAACCACAGAAUGUUGUUGAUGAUAUGCCAGAGGUCGAGCAGGAUGAUGUCCCGAUGGAAGAAGAUCGAUAUGAAGGGCGUAAAUUAUAUUCCGUCAAAUGGAAAGGCUGGACAAAAGAGACCUGGGAACCAAUUGAAAAUCUUGACGGAUGUGAAGAAAAACUCACGAAAUUCUAUCAAGUGAUGCGUGGCACAGAUCUCGAUGACAAAAAUCUCGAUAAACGAUCAGCAUAUCUGGCCGCAUUCUGGAUUAGUCAACAGCAGAGCGAGCCUCACAUACUUCGUGAAUACAAGAGUUCGAAAACCUUGGACGUAGAGGCAUACGACAGGUAUGUUCUAAAGAAAGGAAAGUCCAAAUCAGAGAGAGGUGAAGGUUCGCCAGAGAUUGCGGCUGUACCUUUCGUUGAUUUCUCCACUAUCAAAUCAAAGUUAAGAGAUUUCUACUAG